GGUCUUUCUGCUUUUGGAAAACCAGUGAGAAAGUGAUGGAUCAGCUUCAAGCAAGUUCUUCGAUAAUCCCUUUCGACUCUACAGAAACAACCUCGGAGGAGAACCCAUUUACGGCACCCGAUGAAAAGAUCUCCGAACUCAUCAUCGGAAUCCAUGACGCCAUCGGCGCCAAGUGCGACGUGGAACAACUUUUCAACGCUGUGUCCAACGUUAUCAAGAGCUCUGUUAAUAUCAGUAACCUCGAGCGUCCCAAGAAUGCUGAGCUUGUGGAAGACACAUGCGAUUUUAUGCCACCUUUCACUACCCUCAAAGAAAUUGCCUGUGAGAUGACAUGCAAGCAUUUUAACAAAUCUACAGCACACCAAACAAUCGUUGCCAUUCUGGAGAAACUAAGAAGCUAUACAUGGGACGCCAAGGCAGUGAUAGCUUUGUCAGCUUUUGCAUUGGACUAUGGGGAAACAUGGCGUCUCUCUCACAUGAAACUUGCAGAUAAAAACACUGUUAAGCUUCACAUCUUCAAGCUGGGAGAAGAAGAAGAGUCUAAUGAAGAUCACAUAAACCUCAUCAGAACCUCAGUGGAAGAUACUCUGAAACUGAUUGAAUAUAUCAUCGAGUUGGAGAAGACGAGAGCUGAUCUCAAAAUUUGUGUCAGAAGGAACGUCCCAACUCUGCAAGCUACCCCUCGAGAACUUUACACUUACUGGGCAAUCCUCGCUCUUCUUGCUUGUGCCAAUCAAAAGUUUGAACUGGACUGGGACAUGAGAUCGGAAGUUUUCAAAAUGCUCAAGUUUGCUGUCACGCGUGUGAAUGGAGAUUUGACUAGGAUUAGAGAAGAAAUAGCUUCAACAAGAGAUCUGACUUGGCGAUUGGAGGUGAUUAACUCUCCUUCUGGAAUUUUGCAGCUCUUGAAGGCUCUUAUCUUCCAUGAGGACACUCAAGUUCAACAACUUGAAAUAUUUGAGUAUACUUCUGAAACACAGGCCAAGCCGGUUGGUGCGAAUGAGCUAAAGCGAAAGAAUCUUUUGUUGUUCAUUUCUGGCCUUUAUAACAUCGAGGAACAUAUCUCAGUUCUAACAUCAAUCCAUGGUGAAUUAAAAAUAAAGAACUAUCAAAUUCUGUGGAUUCCAAUGGGAAACAAGUACGAUGAAGCAGAGAAGAAGGAGUUCAAUGAAAGAAGAUCAAAGAUGGCAUGGUACGUGCUACAAGAUCUGUUUGAGAUAAAAGGUCGAAAGCUAAUGGAAACUGAGUGGCAUUACAUGGGAAAGCCUAUGGUGGUGGUGGUCAACACAAGAGGUGAAGUAGUCCACAUGAAUGCACUGUAUAUGAUAUCCACAUGGAAGAUGGAAGCUUUUCCAUUUCGAACUGAGACAGAAGACAAGCUCUUCCAAAAUUGGAAGUGGUUUUGGAAGCCUAUAACCACAGCAUAUAAGCAGGUCACAAAAUCAAAGCUGAUUGAUGAGAAAAACAAUUACAUCCUCAUCUAUGGAGGGACAGACACUACUAUUAUUCAAAAGUUUGAUUCACUAAUAAAUGGCAUAAAAAAGGCUUCCAUUGGUGUUAAAGAUUUCAACCUGCAAAAGGCUUGUGGGAAUGAAAUAUCAGAGUUUUGGAAGAGCAUCAACAUCUUGUUCUUGAGCAGAGUUCAGAGGGAGAACUAUGAGCAUGACAGCAUUCUCAGAGACAUUCGAACAGUAUUGUCCUUCGAGAAUCUCAAGGGAUGGGCAAUUCUAAGCCAAGGCAAGAAAGUUUUGGUCCUAGGCGAUUACAAUGUGAUGAUUGAGGCAUUACAAAUAUUCAAAGGGUGGAAAGUGAGUGACCAGAAACAAGAGUUUGUAGAUUACUACAAAACUACGAAGGUGGAAUCAGCUGGUUCUCCUUGCCAUGAGAUUGAGCUGAGCAAUGUUAACUCAAGGAUUCCGAUUUCCAUGGCUUGCUCCGAGCCAUCUUGUCAUCUUAGUAUGGUGAUUGACGUUGUCAAGUACAAAUGCUGCCAUGGACAAGCAAGUGAUGUGAACCAAGCAUGAAGAAGAAUGGCUAUACAUCAUAAAUAAACUCAUGUGUGUGAUUAUUAAUGCACCUUAAUUAGUUUGUUGUUGUGCAUGUGAUGCUACUUCAUCACCCUGUGUGAUUCUGUGUGUCUCGUAUCUUCUAUUGUAUGAUUUUAUUGUGUUGCUGUUACUUGUGAGGCUUUGGAUAUGCAUAAUAAUGUAUCCUUCAUUAAUAAAUGAUUAAUGAGUGACCUAC